GUGCUAAAAUUAUGGAAAGCCAAUGAUUUCAAAAAAAAUUCUUACAUUGUAUGUUGCUUAUGUUUACUGUGCUCUUUCCUAACUCGUGAAUAGUGAAGAAAGCUAUCUUAUUUAUCCUUACGAAACAGUUAAGAAUGGUUUGAGAGGAAAAAAUGAGCCGAUUCAUUGAAAUUAUACUGUCAGAGAUUUAUGCCGCUAUUGGCUAUCCAUAUUCAAACCACAACUCUAAAUUAAACCCUACUUUAGAAUACUGGCCACUGUGUUUAGAUGUUGAGAUAUGCAUUGCUAAAUCGACUUAAAAAAAUCCUAUUUGUCGUCAAAGCGAGAUACGGUAUAUGUUAUGAGCAGAAGACAACGUAACUCGACAUGACGACAUAUAACUUCUAUAAGUCGACUUGGCAAGAUUCAGUGUAACGUUAUCUCGUCAAAUAGAUGGCACUUAAAAGCUUCCGUAUGAAGAAAAGGGGUUUAAUAAUCAGGGAUUUUAAUUCAAAAUGUGCAUCUCAUUCAUUCCCAUGAAUCUAUGUAUGAGCCACAUUAUAAUUCUCGACAAAAAACAUAACCAAAGGAUAAGAGUUCAUCCCUAAGUGGGACAAUGUUCAUAGAAUUUCCAACACUAAACCAAACUUAAUUUCAAAGGAUAUACAUGUAUUUGAAAUAUAUCUUUUUUUCAAACCGUCACAACAACACAUCCCCGUGACCCCGUCUACACUACCAGGCGAGUGUAACAAUAGAUGCUGCCUAAGGGGAUUACAUCGAUUUUUAAAAGUUCUCACUACAUUACUUAUUCAUAUAGGUAUUCACAGACAAUAUUUUUUACAGAGUAGUGUCUUUCUCGAACGUUGCUUUGUAAGACACCAAGACCUGAAAAUGUUAUCACCGGUCUAAUAGAUCUCUUGAAAUGUUCAAUAUUAAUAUCUUUCAUGGAAUGGGACUAACGAGUGUGGCUGCAUGCAAGAUCUGACGAUGUUACAUGUAUAGCAGCUUUUGAGUACACUGUAUAGACCCCUUCAGCCACCAUGACGCUCGGUGCAAAGAACGGAAAGGCGAAAGGUGUUGAUGAGUUCAGUGAUUCCGGCUCAGAUAAAGUGGUGUUAGCUCGUUCAUUGGGAUUGAAAGAAUGUAUCAGUAUGGUAAUGGGCAUCAUUAUCGGAACCGGUAUCUUCAUCUCUCCUAAAGGUGUACUUGCGGGAGCCGGUGGAUCACCGGGAUGGUCUCUCAUCAUGUGGGUAGUCUGUGCCAUCAUAUCCCUCUUCGGCGCCCUCUGCUAUGCCGAGCUCAGUACGACCUUCAAGAAGUCCGGCGGGGAAUUCACGUUCAUCUUACAAGCUUUUGGACCGUUACUGGCCUUCUUGAGGAUGUGGACAUACCUCUUCAUCAUCCUCCCAGCGGUUGCUAUAGUCCAAGGAAACACCAUUGCCAACUACAUCACUGCGCCGUUCUUCAACGACUGCGAGGAAGUGCCUAUGAAUGCUCUCAGACUCAUGGGCAUGGCCGUCAUCUUCAUGCUGGCGUUCAUCAAUGCGAUCAGUGUGAAGUUGACUACUCGUCUCGUCAACAUUCUGACCGUGGCCAAGACUGUUGGACUCAUAGUACUCAUCAUAUCGGGACUCGUAUAUCUAGCUAAAGGAAACACAAAGUAUCUAAAUCCUGAGAAUUCGUUUCAAAUGACUACGCCCUUGAACAUCCCUUUGGGUAUCUUCGCGGGUAUCUUUGCUUUCGAUGGAUGGGAAUCGGUGAACACGAUCGUGGAAGAAAUAAAGAAGCCAGAAAGGAAUGUACCCCUUGGUAUAGUGAUAUCUCUGGCUGCUGUUACCAUCAUCUACUUGAUGGCGAACAUCGCUUACUUCACCCUCCUAUCACCUGCUGAAAUUCUGGCUUCUAACGCUGUAGCUGCGGAUUUCAGUACGAAGGCCUUAGGAAGCUGGUCUUGGACUAUAUGGGUGUUUGUAGCCCUAUCAGCCAUCGGUAAUCUUCUCGGAAAUUGGCUAGGUCUAAGCAGAAUGUUCUACGUAGCAGCAAGAGAGGGCCUCUUACCCAAUGUAGUGGGAAUGAUCAACAUCAAACAUCGUACUCCUAUUCCAUCAGUUAUCAUUGUGCUACCAAUAACAUUGAUAUAUCUGAUGUUUGAUGACGUCAUUGCUCUGAUCAACUACAUGUUGUUCGUCAUCGUAGCUUUCAUGGCCCUCACAGUACUCAUCAUUCCGUAUUACAGAUGGAAACAACCAGAUAUGGAAAGAACACUAAAGUUGCCAUUGGUGAUUCCAGUCAUCUUUAUCUUAGUUAUCUUGUUCCUGAUGGGACUCUCAAUCUACACGGACCCAAUCAGCGCUGUUAUAGGAACCGCUUUAACGUUAGCCGGUGUACCGGUUUACUUCAUUGGAUGUGUGUGGAAGAAACCCGUCUGGUUACAGGCAAAGAUUGUUGCAUUCAAUAUCACGCUUCAGAAGUUUUUCUUCGUGGUUCCUCAAGAAAAGGAGAUGGCUUCCGAGGCCGAUGAUGACGACGACGACGAAGACAAGAAAGCCAAGUCUAACGGUUACAAGGCUGCAAAACAAUUCGAAGAUGUCCCUCUAAACUAAUGCAAUCUUACUGUACUGAACAUGCCUUGCCACCUUUGUUGCUUGAAUUAUAAAAGGGUCUCGUCGCAUCACGAAAGAGUUUUCACUUUACGACGCACGACAGAUUCAAGAACAUAGAAAUUACAUUGUCAAGUAAAUAUUCUCCAACGUCAACCAAGAAUUCUUUGUCGAAAAUUGGUGAAUCAAAACAGAAGUUUCGUCCUAUAACAUGGACAAACGACAUAUUUGCAAUUUUUCGUCAGCUCCGAAACUCAGGACCAAACUGCUGUUGCGGUUGACCAAUUUUCGACCAAGAUCCCCUGAUUUCUUUUGUCAUUUGACAGAAUUUUAAAUGCAUUGUUUGUGUUCUUGAAUCUGUCGGUGGGAAAACUUCCUACUGGUAUCCCUCCCGUCUAACAGUUUUCGUCAGUGGUAUUAGACGGCCGCAAAUAUCAGUUUGAACAUGCCCAAUCUUGAAGAAAGAUCAACAUCAAUUUAAAAAGAAGUUUCGUAGGAUAAUAGAUCAAUAAUAGCUCUAUGGAUCGAGCAUAUACGACUGAAAAAAAAACGGAUGUAAAAUAAGACAGUUAACACAAAUUUCGUUUUCAGAAAACAGUUGAUGUACAUCCUUGGCGAUACAAUUAUGUAUGCAGAAUGGGAAUUGAUGGUACUACUAUAGCUCUCAUACCUUGUGUAUUUUCUUAUUUGACUGAUAACAUAUGUCAAUGUUUUCAUCCAAUAUAAUAUUU